UGUGACAUCCAAAUGAUUUCACAAGAUGACACGACUGAUGUUGUUUCCAGCACUACUGAUGGAAACGGGAAUGGAUUGACUGAGGCAUUCGUUCCAAACUCUGGCGUUUCAAAGCCGACAAUAAGCUAUACGAUUAAGGCUAUUAAUGAUGAUGUCAAAUUCUUCCGAUUUUCUGCCAAAGUAUGGAAUGUCCAAACUAUCCAAGUUUUUGUUCUUGACAGCAGCAACAAUCCUGUUGCGCCUAUCAAUCCCCGAGAGAUGCCAGUUUCGGGACCCUAUCCGAAAACGGUAGAUGUACGUUUGGGUGGUACUCCGGGUGUAACGGUGAAGAUAGUUCUUGAACCAACAUCAUAUGGUCAACCUAAACUUGAUGAAGUAGAGAUUGAUGCUUGCUUCACAUCAGUGACAACAACUACAAGUGUAACGACAACCGCAGUGCCUACAACAACCACUGCUCCAGAAACCACGACUACCACUACAUCGGCAACAACUGUACCAACAACAACGACCAUACCGACAACUACAGAAUCAACGACUCCGGAGGGAACGACAUCUACCACCACACCUACGACUACACACAGUACUACAACAGAGAGCCUAUCUACUAGUAUCUCCUCCACACAGACAACGAUAUCAUCAACGUUCUCUACAUCAUCCACCUCGAAAACAACGUCUUCAACGCCCACUACGACGACAUCCACGACAAAAGUUCCAACAACAACAUCUGCAACGCCCACACCGACAACUUCAGGUACAACUCUUCCUAAAAAAACAAGUUUAACAACGAUCGAGUCUACCACAGCAUCUCCAGUGACAACAAUUCCCCCUACAACAACAUCCACAACACCCCCUCCAACUACAACAACUACACCUACUCCUACAACAUCGAUAGAAACACAACCACCAACUACUACAUCAACAACACCAACCCAAACAACAUCAGUGACUACAAUUCCUACUACAACAACGUCCACAACACCCCCUCCUACUACUACAACUACACCUACUCCGUCAACAUCAAUUGAAACACAACCACCAACUACUACAUCAACAACAUCAACCCAAACAACAUCAGUGACAACUAUUCCCCCUACAACAACAUCCACAACACCCCCUCCAACUACAACAACUACCCCUACUCCUACAACAUCGAUAGAAACACAACCACCAACUACUACAUCAACAACACCAACACAAACAACAUCAGUGACUACAAUUCCUCCUACAACAACAUCCACAACACCCCCUCCAACUACAACAACUACACAUAUUCCUACAACAUCGAUAGAAACACAACCACCAACUACUACAUCAACAACAGCAACCCAAACAACAUCAGUGACAACCAUUCCUCCUACAACAACAUCCACAACACCCCCUCCAACUACAUCAACUACCCCUACUCCUACAACAUCGAUAGAAACACAACCACCAACUACUACAUCAACAACACCAACACAAACAACAUCAGUGACAACCAUUCCUCCUACAACAACAUCAACAACACCCCCUCCAACUACAACAACUACCCCUACUCCUACAACAUCGAUAGAAACACAACCACCAACUACUACAUCAACAACACCAACACAACCAACAUCAGUGACUACAAUUCCUCCUACAACAACAUCCACAACACCCCCUCCAACUACAACAAGUACUCCCACUCCUACAACAUCGAUGGAAACACAACCACCAACUACUACAUCAACAACACCAAUCCAAUCAACAUCAGUGACAACCAUUCCCCCGAAAACAACAUCAGCAACACCCCCUCCAACUACAACAACUACACCUUCUCCGUCAACAUCGAUAGAAACACAGCCACCAACUACUACAUCAACAACACCAACCCAAACAACAUCAGUGACUACAAUUCCCCCGACAACAACAUCCACAACACCCCCUCCAACUACAACAACUACCCCUACUCCUACAACAUCGAUAGAAACACAACCACCAACUACAACAUCAACAACACCAACACAAACAACAUCAGUGACUACAAUUCUUCCUACAACAACAUCCACAACACUCCCUCCGACUACAAAAACUACCCCUACUCCUACAACAUCGACAGAAACACAACCACCAACUACUACAUCAACAACACCAACACAAACAACAUCAGUGACAACAAUUCCUCCUACAACAACAUCCACAACAGCCCCUCCAACUACAACAACCACCCCUACUCCUACAACAUCGAUAGAAACACAACCACCAACUACUACAUCAACAACACCAACCCAAACAACAUCAGUGACAACCAUUCCCCCGACAACAACAUCCACAACACCCCCUCCAACUACAACAACUACCCCUACUCCUACAACAUCGAUAGAAACACAACCACCAACUACUACAUCAACAACACCAACACAAACAACAUCAGUGACUACAAUUCCUACUACAACAACAUCCACAACACCCCCUCCUACUACUACAACUACACCUACUCCUACAACAUCGAUAGAAACACAACCACCAACUACUACAUCAACAACACCAACCCAAACAACAUCAGUGACAACAAUUCCCCCUACAACAACAUCCACAACACCCCCUCCAACUACAACAACUACACCUACUCCUACAACAUCGAUAGAAACACAACCACCAACUACUACAUCAACAACACCAACACAAACAACAUCAGUGACAACCAUUCCCCCGACAACAACAUCCACAACACCCCCUCCAACUACAUCAACUACACCUACUCCUACAACAUCGAUAGAAACACAACCACCAACUACUACAUCAACAACACCAACCCAAACAACAUCAGUGACUACAAUUCCUCCUACAACAACAUCCACAACACCCCCUCCAACUACAACAAGUACUCCCACUCCUACAACAUCGAUGGAAACACAACCACCAACUACUACAUCAACAACACCAACCCAAUCAACAUCAGUGACAACCAUUCCCCCGACAACAACAUCCACAACACCCCCUCCAACUACAACAACCACCCCUACUCCUACAACAUCGAUAGAAACACAACCACCAACUACUACAUCAACAACACCAACCCAAACAACAUCAGUGACAACCAUUCCCCCGACAACAACAUCCACAACACCCCCUCCAACUACAACAACUACCCCUACUCCUACAACAUCGAUAGAAACACAACCACCAACUACAUCAACAACACCAACACAAACAACAUCAGUGACUACAAUUCCUACUACAACAACAUCCACAACACCCCCUCCUACUACUACAACUACACCUACUCCUACAACAUCGAUAGAAACACAACCACCAACUACUACAUCAACAACACCAACCCAAACAACAUCAGUGACAACAAUUCCCCCUACAACAACAUCCACAACACCCCCUCCGACUACAACAACUACCCCUACUCCUACAACAUCGACAGAAACACAACCACCAACUACUACAUCAACAACACCAACACAAACAACAUCAGUGACAACAAUUCCUCCUACAACAACAUCCACAACAGCCCCUCCAACUACAACAACCACCCCUACUCCUACAACAUCGAUAGAAACACAACCACCAACUACUACAUCAACAACACCAACCCAAACAACAUCAGUGACAACCAUUCCCCCGACAACAACAUCCACAACACCCCCUCCAACUACAACAACUACCCCUACUCCUACAACAUCGAUAGAAACACAACCACCAACUACUACAUCAACAACACCAACACAAACAACAUCAGUGACUACAAUUCCUACUACAACAACAUCCACAACACCCCCUCCUACUACUACAACUACACCUACUCCUACAACAUCGAUAGAAACACAACCACCAACUACUACAUCAACAACACCAACCCAAACAACAUCAGUGACAACAAUUCCCCCUACAACAACAUCCACAACACCCCCUCCAACUACAACAACUACACCUACUCCUACAACAUCGAUAGAAACACAACCACCAACUACUACAUCAACAACACCAACACAAACAACAUCAGUGACAACCAUUCCCCCGACAACAACAUCCACAACACCCCCUCCAACUACAUCAACUACACCUACUCCUACAACAUCGAUAGAAACACAACCACCAACUACUACAUCAACAACACCAACCCAAACAACAUCAGUGACUACAAUUCCUCCUACAACAACAUCCACAACACCCCCUCCAACUACAACAAGUACUCCCACUCCUACAACAUCGAUGGAAACACAACCACCAACUACUACAUCAACAACACCAACCCAAUCAACAUCAGUGACAACCAUUCCCCCGACAACAAGAUCCACAACACCCCCUCCAACUACAACAACUACACCUACUCCGUCAACAUCGAUAGAAACACAGCCACCAACUACUACAUCAACAACACCAACCCAAACAACAUCAGUGACUACAAUUCCCCCGACAACAACAUCCACAACACCCCCUCCACCUACAACAACUACCCCUACUCCUACAACAUCGAUAGAAACACAACCACCAACUACAACAUCAACAACACCAACACAAACAACAUCAGUGACUACAAUUCUUCCUACAACAACAUCCACAACACCCCCUCCGACUACAACAACUACACCUACUCCUACAACAUCGAGAGAAACACAACCACCAACUACUACAUCAACAACACCAACACAAACAACAUCAGUGACAACAAUUCCUCCUACAACAACAUCCACAACAGCCCCUCCAACUACAACAACCACCCCUACUCCUACAACAUCGAUAGAAACACAACCACCAACUACUACAUCAACAACACCAACCCAAACAACAUCAGUGACAACCAUUCCCCCGACAACAAGAUCCACAACACCCCCUCCAACUACAACAACUACCCCUACUCCUACAACAUCGAUAGAAACACAACCACCAACUACUACAUCAACAACACCAACCCAAACAACAUCAGUGACUACAAUUCCUACUACAACAAUAUCCACAACACCCCCUCCUACUACUACAACUACACCUACUCCUACAACAUCGAUAGAAACACAACCACCAACUACUACAUCAACAACACCAACCCAAACAACAUCAGUGACAACAAUUCCCCCUACAACAACAUCCACAACACCCCCUCCGACUACAACAACUACCCCUACUCCUACAACAUCGAUAGAAACACAACCACCAACUACUACAUCAACAACACCAACCCAAACAACAUCAGUGACUACAAUUCCUACUACAACAACAUCCACAACACCCCCUCCUACUACUACAACUACACCUACUCCUACAACAUCGAUAGAAACACAACCACCAACUACUACAUCAAGAACACCAACCCAAACAACAUCAGUGACAACAAUUCCCCCUACAACAACAUCCACAACACCCCCUCCAACUACAACAACUACACCUACUCCUACAACAUCGAUAGAAACACAACCACCAACUACUACAUCAACAACACCAACACAAACAACAUCAGUGACAACCAUUCCCCCGACAACAACAUCCACAACACCCCCUCCAACUACAACAACUACACCUACUCCGUCAACAUCGAUAGAAACACAGCCACCAACUACUACAUCAACAACACCAACCCAAACAACAUCAGUGACUACAAUUCCUACUACAACAAUAUCCACAACACCCCCUCCUACUACUACAACUACACCUACUCCUACAACAUCGAUAGAAACACAACCACCAACUACGACAUCAAGAACACCAACCCAAACAACAUCAGUGACAACAAUUCCCCCUACAACAACAUCCACAACACCCCCUCCAACUACAACAACUACACCUACUCCUACAACAUCGAUAGAAACACAACCACCAACUACUACAUCAACAACACCAACACAAACAACAUCAGUGACAACCAUUCCCCCGACAACAACAUCCACAACACCCCCUCCAACUACAUCAACUACACCUACUCCUACAACAUCGAUAGAAACACAACCACCAACUACUACAUCAACAACACCAACCCAAACAACAUCAGUGACUACAAUUCCUCCUACAACAACAUCCACAACACCCCCUCCAACAACAACAACUACCCCUACUCCUACAACAUCGAUAGAAACACAACCACCAACUACUACAUCAACAACACCAACCCAAACAACAUCAGUGACAACCAUUCCCCCUACAACAACAUCCACAACACCCCCUCCAACUACAACAACUACCCCCACUCCUACAACAUCGAUAGAAACACAACCACCAACUACUACAUCAACAACACCAACACAAACAACAUCAGUGACUACAAUUCCCCCUACAACAACAUCCACAACACCCCCUCCAACUACAACAACUACACCUACUCCUACAACAUCGAUAGAAACACAACCACCAACUACUACAUCAACAACACCAACCCAAACAACAUCAGUGACAACCAUUCCCCCUACAACAACAUCCACAACACCCCCUCCAACUACAACAACUACCCCUACUCCUACAACAUCGAUAGAAACACAACCACCAACUACUACAUCAACAACACCAACACAAACAACAUCAGUGACUACAAUUCCCCCUACAACAACAUCCACAACACCCCCUCCAACUACAACAACUACACCUACUCCUACAACAUCGAUAGAAACACAACCACCAACUACUACAUCAACAACACCAACCCAAACAACAUCAGUGACAACCAUUCCCCCGACAACAACAUCCACAAAACCCCCUCCAACUACAACAACUACCCCUACUCCUACAACAUCGAUAGAAACACAACCACCAACUACUACAUCAACAACACCAACCCAAACAACAUCAGUGACAACCAUUCCCCCUACAACAACAUCCACAACACCCCCUCCAACUACAACAACUACCCCUACUCCUACAACAUCGAUAGAAACACAACCACCAACUACUAUAUCAACAACACCAACCCAAACAACAUCAGUGACAACAAUUCCCCCGACAACAACAUCCACAACACCCCCUCCAACUACAUCAACUACACCUACUCCUACAACAUCGAUAGAAACACAACCACCAACUACUACAUCAACAACACCAACGCAGACAACAUCAAUUACUACGAUUCCCCCUACUACAACAUCCACAACACCCCCUCCAACUACAACAACUACCCCUACUCCUACAACAUCGAUAGAAACACAACCACCAUCUACUACAUCAACAACACCAACACAAACAACAUCCGUGACUACAAUUCCUCCUACAACAACAUCCACAACACCCCCUCCGACUACAACAACUACCCCUACUCCUACAACAUCGAUAGAAACACAACCACCAACUACUACAUCAACAACACCAACCCAAACAACAUCAGUGACAACCAUUCCCCCGACAACAACAUCCACAACACCCCCUCCAACUACAUCAAAUACACCUACUCUUACAACAUCGAUAGAAACUCAGCCACCAACUACUACAUCAACAACACCAACACAAACAACAUCCGUGACUACAAUUCCCCCGACAACAACAUCCACAACACCCCCUCCAACUACAUCAACUACACCUACUCCUACAACAUCGAUAGAAACACAACCACCAACUACUACAUCAACAACACCAACGCAGACAACAUCAAUUACUACGAUUCCCCCUACUACAACAUCCACAACACCCCCUCCAACUACAACACCAUUAAUUCCUACGACGUCAACUACAGUGUCAACAACGACUAGUAAGACAACUAUAGCGUCAACAACGUCCGCCAUGCCCACACCGACGACACCUGUCACUCCUACAACAACACCAACUACCAAUGCUAGUCCUACAACAGAAUGUACACACAGAAUCGUAGACAAAUACUCUGAAGAUAUCGCCGUUACGUCGAACGAUGGAAUUGGCGACGGACUCAGUGAGGCAUUUUUACCAUUUACCGGCCGUUCGCUGCCAUCAAUAGUGUAUGCAAUAAAGGCUUUGAAUAGAGAAGUGCAGUUCUUUCAAUUUGCGGCACGUGUUUCAAAUUUGAAGCUGGUCCGGUUUUACGUCAUCGAUAGCUAUAGGAGGAAUGUCAGUCCUAUUAAUCCAGUUGAGGUUGAUGCUACUGGAGGGUUCCGAGAAAAAAUUGAGGUAAAAUUAUUUGGUACGCAAGGAGCAGUCUUAAAGGUUGUUUUGGUACCAGCAUCAGUUACCUUUGUUAAUCAGCAAACGGAACUUGAACCUCUUCCCAAUUGA